GCGCCGCCGCUGCCCAGAUCCGGCCGCCGCUGCCCAGAUCCGGCCGCCGCCCGUUCGCUGGACUGCGAGCUCGUCUGCGCCGCCCUCGUCCAGAUCUGCGCCGCUGCCCAUCCGCCGUCGCGGAUCUCGUCCAGUUCCGCGGCCAUCCUCGCGGAUCCUGGCUGCUGCCCAUCCGCCGUCGCGGAUCUACCCUUCCUGGCCGCCGCUGUCCACUGCUGUCCGCCCCUGGUCGCCGUGCCUGCUGCGCCAGGGCGCAGUUCCCAGCAGUGCUGUCCACUGCUGUCCGCUGCUGUCCGCCGUGCCUGCUGCGCCAGGGCGCAGUUCCCAGCAGUGCUGCGCCAGGCUGCUGUUCCCAGCAGUGCUGCGCCAGGCUGCUCAACAGUCUGCGGAUCCGGAUCUGCGUCGCCGUCAACUGCACCCUGCCUCGUCGCCAUCUGCGCCGUGCGCCGGUGGCUGCCAUUGCGGGCUGACUGAUCAACUCGGCUUCUGCGACCAAGACCUUCGUCAACUCGUCCAACUCGGACUGCUGUCAGCUGCGGUUCCUCUGGUUUGCUUGGUUUCCAGUCUCCUGUUCUUCCUGUUUUUCAUUGAAUUCAACAUGACGACAAAUGCUAUCGUGGUCAAUAUCACUCUUGAUUGACACAAUUAUCCGGAAUGGGCUUUCUGUGUUGAGACUGCACUCAGAGGACAUGGAUUACUCUUUCAUUUGACUGGUGCGGCACCCAUACUUGCGGAUGAUCGUCGCAAUGCUGCUGAUAUCAAAACAUGGCAGCUUAAUGAUGGUAAAGUGAUGGCUGCUAUGGUGAACAGCGUCAAACCGUCUAUGAUUAUGAGUUUGUCUAAAUUUAAAACUGCCAAAGCCAUCUGGUCUCAUUUGAAGGAGCGUUUUGUUCAGGACAGUGGUGCUCUAUCACACACUCUCAUGCAACAGACACAUGUUAUUGAGCAAAAUGAUAUGAGCAUUGAUGAGUACUACUCAGCCUUUGAUCGUCUGAUGAGUGCUUUGACAUCUAUGGUGCCAGCCUGUACUGCUGAUCCGUGUCCUGCUCAUCAGUUUAUUGAGAAGUUCUUCACUUACAGAUUUGUUAUGGGCGUUCGGACCGAGUUUGAUUCUCUUCGUGCUCGUUUACUUCAGGGUUCUGACACUCUCAUAAUGGCUAAGGCGUUGUCUGAUUUACUUGCUGAAGAGACUCGUCUUCAUUCUCUGUCCUCUACUGGUGGUAAUCCUCACAGUGUGUUGGCUGCUGCCCAGAAACCUAAGAAUAUUUUUAAGCCUUGUGAUCAUUGUGGCAAGACCAAUCAUCGAUCUGAGCUUUGCUUUGUCAAGUUCCCUGAUAAGUUGACUGAUUUCCGUGCACGACGUGCUGCUCGCGGUCGUGGUCAAGGACCAUCUAAUAGAGGCUCAGUUGCUGUUGCUGCCACUUCGUCCGCCUGUACUUCAGAGUCGGCCUGGGUACUUGAUUCAGGAGCUUCCUUUCAUGUCACAUCUGAUCAGUCAAAGUUGGCUUCUACUACACCUGUCACAGAUGGUGCUUCAGUGCAGACAGCUGAUGGACCUUCGCACAGGGGAAGUGAUUGGGACUGGCCGUCGCCGUAGAGCUGCUCCUCGCCUCUACAUCUUGGACUCUUUGCGGCUUCCUUCUUUGGCUACAUCUCCAGCGCAUAUGCUUUCAGCUACCCUUGCUUCUGUUGCGUCUUUUGCCCAGUGGCAUCAUCGUCUAGGUCAUUUGUGUGGAUCUAGAUUGUCUACACUAAUAAAGUCAGGUUGCUUAGGUCAUACUUCGGUUGAGUCUGAUUUUCAUUGUAAGGGUUGUCAUCUUGGAAAACAAAUACAACUUCCAUAUUUUACUAGUAAUUCUCAUUCUGUUAAACCCUUUGAUUUGGUUCACUCUGAUAUUUGGGGUCCUGCACCUUUUGUGUCAAAAGGUGGAUAUAAAUAUUAUGUCAUUUUUAUUGAUGAUCAUUCUCGCUACACUUGGAUUUAUUUUAUGAAACGCCGCUCUGAGCUGAUUUCUAUUUAUAAAACCUUUGCUCGUAUGAUUCACACUCAAUUUUCCACUCACAUUAAAAUCUUUCGUUCUGAUUCGGGUGGUGAAUAUUUAUCUGAUAAUUUUCGCCAGUUUUUGACUUCAGAGGGUACUCUUGCUCAACUUUCUUGCCCUGGUGCUCAUGCACAUAACGGUGUGGCUGAACGCAAACAUCGUCACAUUAUAGAAACUGCUCGCACUUUGUUGAUAUCUUCUUUUGUCCCUUCACAGUUUUGGGGUGAAGCAGUUUCUACUGCGGUUUAUCUCAUCAAUAGACAACCGUCAUCCAAACUCUCUGGCAAAACACCUGGUGAAGUUCUUUUCGGAACUCCUCCACGAUAUGACCACCUUCGAGUUUUUGGAUGUAUGUGUUAUGUCCUAUUAUCACCUCGUGAACGUACUAAAUUGACUGCUCAAUCUGUUGAGUGUGUUUUUCUUGGAUACAGCCCUGAACAUAAAGGCUAUCGAUGUUAUGAUUCAUCUUCUCGUCGCAUGCGCAUUUCUCGAGAUGUGAGUUUCAACGAAAAUCGUCCCUUCUUUUACAAUUCUUCCACUCAUUCUUCGUUUUAUUCCACAGAGUCUACCUCCUUCAUGAGCCUUCCUCCCAUUUCUGAAACUUCAUCAGUAUCACCACCUACUGUUUCUACCCCAGAUGUCCUUAUUCCCAUCACACCACCUUCCACUUCCACACCCUCUCAGUCUUACUCUUCCAAACCACCUGUCACUCAGACUUACAUUCGUCGUCCUCGCUCUACUCCCACGACCAGUCCUGAUGAUGAUCCUGUUGUUGAUACUUGUACUAACAAUGAUGACUCUCAUGUUGUUUUUAAUCAGGGAUAUCAUCUUCGUGAUCGUGGCACUAUUGCAGCUCCAGACCGUUAUGGGUUUUCCCGUGUUGGGGCAGUCAUUGCUGAACCAUCAUCUUAUAAAGAGGCUUCUGGUAUACCUGAGUGGCAGCUUGCUAUGACUGAUGAAUUAAAUGCCCUUCAUCGCACGUGUACAUGGGAUGUUGUUCCGUUACCUGCUGGUGCGGUACCUAUCACGUGCAAAUGGGUCUUCAAGGUUAAAACCAAAUCUGAUGGGUCUAUUGAGCGAUAUAAAGCUCGUCUUGUCGCCAGAGGUUUUCAACAGACACAGGGUAUUGAUUAUGAUGAGACUUUUGCACCUGUGGCCCAUCUGACUACUGUCCGAGCCUUACUUGCUGUUGCAGCCUCAUCUUCUUGGACUAUCUCUCAGAUGGAUGUCAAAAAUGCUUUUCUUCAUGGUGAUUUACACGAGGAAGUCUAUAUGUAUCCACCUCCUGGGAUAGAAGUUCCAUCAGGGCAUGUAUGUCGUCUCCGUCGAGCCUUGUAUGGUCUCAAACAAGCUCCUCGUGCUUGGUUUGAGAGAUUUGUUUCUGUCAUCAAGGCUUGUGGUUUCUAUUCUAGUGAUCAUGAUCCUGCAUUGUUCAUUCAUGUUUCUUCACGAGGACGCACGUUGCUAUUACUAUAUGUUGAUGACAUGUUGAUUACAGGCGAUGAUCCAGACCAUAUUGCUCAUGUGAAGUCGUCUCUGAGUAAGGAAUUUCAAAUGUCUGACUUGGGGGCACUCAGUUAUUUCUUGGGCAUUGAGGUUUUGCAGACUCAAGAUGGUAUUUAUCUUUCUCAGGCUAAGUACAUACAAGACCUUCUUGAUCGUUCUGGUCUUAGUGAUACUCGUAGUGUUGCCACACCUAUGGAUCUUCACUUAUCUCUUCAUUCGACUGAUGGGACACCUUUGGAAGAUCCAUCUCGAUAUAGACAUCUUGUUGGCAGCUUGGUUUACCUUACUGUCACCAGGCCAGAUAUUGCUCAUGCGGUUCAGAUCUUGAGUCAGUUUGUCUCUGCUCCUACAUCAGUUCAUUA